UUGAUUGUAAGGAAAACAACACAUUUAUUUGCGAGCAUUACAGAGAUGGCACGUGUAUUUAUGAUGAGUCGACGAUCACAUCGUUUACAUAUAAAGUGUUAACGUCGACAUUAGGUGAUUGUAAAGUUAUCUGUACCAAUACAACUGGUUGUUUUCUGACGACCAAAUUGGCUAAUCAACAUAUAUGUUUCAUGCUAUUAGCCACAGAUGUCAGUAACACAACAGUUUUCAUUAAAAAUUGUUCAUAUGAGACUGCAAUCGACAGUGCGAGACAUGAUGUAGUCCGUGACGAUUCUGAUCCUACAGACUGUGCUAACCAACCAUCAAGUUUAGUACCAUCUACAACAGCACGUUCUACUGUCACAAGCACAACUACCGAAACGACAACUUUUAUAGAAACUUCAACUGAAACGACCACGUCCUCGAUCACUAUAACAUUUACCGGUAUGUCCACAGUAACGCAGUACUCCACAUACUGGUCUUCUACAAAGGCAUCUAUUGCACCUACAGAAUCGACAACUGAAAACAUGACAGCAGAGGUUACGACGGAUUCUUUGGUAGCUACCCAACCAGUAGAAAACGCUAUAACAACAAUAUCACAGAUUAAUACUGUGACAGUUGUUGACUCUUCAUUGGUUGUAUCCACGGUUACAGAAACACAGGUUCAAGCAUAUGAAACCUCAACAGCUGACGUCACGGGAUCGUGUACGCCGAGAGUUCUGUACGCUUAUUUUCCUUGUCCUAAAGAGAGGGUCCAAACUGUCGUUACAACAAUUCAGUCAUCUUGCGUUUCUCUUCAGGUGAAUGACACAAUUGCUUCCAGUUCUACUGGGAUUACAGGUUUUAUUGGAUCAGACGGAAUUAUGAGGGCAACGGUGUGUCGGGAAGUUAUCGUCGUGACCCCUGACCCGGCCGCAGAGCAAGAAGCAGUAGAAAGCAUUGUGAAGGAGCUCACCGUUGACAAGAAAAACAUAUCUGCUCUCGUAAAGAAAAAAGUAAGCGCACAAGAUAAAAGAUCUAGCUCUGUUGCUAUUGGUUUUAUUGGAAUAGUUUUUCUGAUAAUCCCGUUUCUUUUAAUCAUUGCUGUAGAUUUACCGACAUGCAUCCAAGGCGGAAGAAACGUCAUUAAAUUAUGUAAGGACGAAGAGAGAUUUUGAUCUGUAUGUUAAAGAUAUAACAACGUGAAUGUAACAGGCUAUUUUUGUGUUUAAGACACUUGGAUCCCUUUAUUCUCGUCACAAGUAACCAUCUGAACCACUGUGAUAUGAUUUCAUAAAAAAUACCAAAUUUUAUUUAUCCUGUACAGUAUGAUAGGAAGGUCUUGACGAGCAAUCAUUCGUCCCCGGGACAAACAUAUCAACAACUCAGACGCAAGUGUGACAACGCCUUGUUCUACUUUCGUUUUGUGUUGUUUUCCAGCGAUUUUCAGGUUAUUGUUGCGCUUUAAUCCCCUCUGCAACGGUAUCAAAUAGUCACGUUUAUCAAAUCUCACAAUGCGCAAGCGCCCUAAAAGAUGUAUGUAACAUUUAUAAACUG